AGAUCCUCAGCGGCAAGAUAGUCUCCGCACAAGUGAGAGAGAGACUAAAGCAGCAAGUUGCUGAAAUGAAAGAGAAAUUUCCAGGCUUCAGACCAGGACUCGCAAUUUUGCAGGUUGGAAAUCGGGAUGAUUCGAACCUCUACAUUAACAUGAAGCUGAAGGCUGCUGCUGAGAUUGGGAUCAGUGCCAAUCACAUAAAACUGCCAAACACAGCAACAGAAGCUGAGGUCCUCAAGUGCAUUACUUCUUUGAAUGGAGACCCUGCUGUUCAUGGCUUCAUAGUGCAGCUGCCACUUGACUCUGAUAAACCCAUCAACACAGAAAAAAUAACCAAUGCUGUUUCACCUGAGAAGGACGUAGAUGGCUUAAGUAGUAUCAAUGCCGGGAAACUGUCAAGAGGGGACCUUGGAGACUGCUUUAUUCCCUGUACGCCAAAAGGAUGCAUGGAACUUAUUAGGCAGACAGGCAUCCAGGUUGCAGGAAAAAGAGCUGUAGUGGUUGGUCGCAGUAAGAUUGUUGGUGCUCCCAUGCAUGACCUGCUGCUCUGGAAUCACGCGACGGUAACCACUUGCCAUUCAAAGACCUCGACACUGGCUGAGGAGGUUGGUAAAGCUGAUAUCCUGGUGGUUGCAGCUGGUAAAGCUGAAAUGGUAAAAGGUGAAUGGAUCAAACCUGGUGCAAUCGUAAUUGACUGUGGAAUUAACCAUGUGCCAGAUAGCACAAAAGCCAGUGGAAAAAGAGUUGUAGGAGAUGUGGCGUACAGUACAGCAAAGGAAAAAGCUUCCUACAUCACCCCAGUUCCUGGUGGCGUUGGGCCUAUGACUGUGGCCAUGUUAAUGCAGAGCACAGUGGAGAGUGCACAGCGUUUUCUGGAGAAGUUCCAGCCUGGAAAAUGGAACAUCCAGUAUAACCAGCUUACCCUAAAGAUGCCUGUUCCAAGUGAUAUUGAAAUCUCGCAGUCUUGCAUUCCCAAGCCCAUUGAUCAAGUUGCAAAAGAAGUUGGCCUGCUCCCUGAUGAGGUGGAGCUCUACGGCCAAACUAAAGCCAAGGUUCAUCUGUCAGUUCUGAAACGGCUGAAGAACCAGACAGAUGGCAAAUACGUUGUUGUUACUGGGAUAACUCCUACUCCCCUGGGAGAAGGGAAGAGCACCACCACUGUUGGUCUUGUUCAAGCCUUAGGAGCACACCUUCACCAGAACGUCUUUGCCUGUGUUCGUCAGCCUUCUCAGGGGCCAACCUUUGGUAUAAAAGGUGGAGCUGCAGGUGGUGGCUAUUGUCAAGUUAUCCCUAUGGAAGAGUUUAACCUUCACCUCACUGGUGACAUCCAUGCUAUCACUGCAGCCAACAACCUGGUCGCUGCUGCUAUCGACGCACGUAUAUUCCAUGAAUUAAGUCAGACUGACCAGGCUCUCUACAACCGUUUGGUGCCUUCUGUCAAUGGUGUUAGGAAGUUCUCAGACAUUCAGAUCAGAAGACUACAAAAAUUGGGCAUUAACAAAACCGAUCCUGCGGCUUUGACAAAGGAAGAAGUAAACUUAUUUGUGAGAUUGGACAUUGACCCAGGCACCAUCACAUGGCAAAGAGUACUGGAUACAAAUGACAGAUUCCUUAGGAAAAUCACUAUUGGACAGUCUCCAACAGAAAAAGGCUUCUCACGAACGGCUCAGUUUGACAUCACAGUGAGCAGUGAAAUCAUGGCAGUUCUAGCACUCUCUGACGGGCUGGAUGAUAUGAAAAAGCGACUGGGCAGAAUGGUAGUAGCUUCCAGCAAGAGAGGAGAACCAGUUACAACAGAUGACCUUGGAGUGACUGGUGCUCUGGCUGUCUUGAUGAGAGAUGCUGUUAAACCAAACCUCAUGCAGACACUAGAGGGAACACCAGUGUUUGUUCAUGCUGGACCUUUUGCCAAUAUUGCACAUGGAAAUUCUUCAGUGUUGGCAGACAAAAUAGCACUGAAGCUUGUGGGUAAAGAGGGUUUUGUUGUUACAGAGGCAGGAUUUGGUGCAGACAUAGGCAUGGAGAAAUUCUUUAAUAUUAAGUGCCGCUAUUCUGGUCUCCGGCCCCAUGUGGUGGUGUUGGUUGCUACUGUUCGAGCUCUGAAAAUGCAUGGAGGAGGGCCUGCAGUCACAGCUGGGGUACCUUUACCGAAGGAGUACAUGGAAGAGAAUCUUCAGCUGUUGGCAAAAGGCUGUAGUAACCUAAACAAGCAAAUCCAAAAUGCACGGAUGUUUGGUGUCCCAGUAGUAGUGGCUGUCAAUGCUUUCAAAACAGAUACAAAGGCUGAACUGGCUCUUGUAGUACAACUGGCAAAGGAAGCGGGAGCGUUCGACGCUGUGGAGUGCACACACUGGGCAGAGGGAGGUAAAGGGGCGGUUGCACUGGCCCAAGCUGUUCUGAGAGCAUCACAGACACCCAGCAACUUCAGGUUCCUCUAUAAUGUGGAGCUCCCUGUUAUAGAUAAGAUCAGGCUCAUUGCACAGCAGAUCUAUGGGGCAAGUGACAUUGAGCUACUUCCAGAAGCAGAGGAGAAAGUCGCCUUGUACACUAAGCAAGGAUUUGGAAACCUGCCAAUCUGCAUGGCUAAAACUCACUUGUCAUUGUCGCAUGACCCUGAACAAAAAGGAGCACCUACAGGUUUUGUUCUGCCAAUCCGAGACAUUCGGGCCAGUGUUGGUGCUGGAUUCCUGUAUCCGCUAGUAGGAACGAUGAGCACUAUGCCAGGACUUCCCACAAGACCCUGUUUCUACGAUAUAGACUUGGACCCAGUGUCAGGAGCAGUAAAUGGGCUCUUUUGAAAGGAAUUAUUAACCAAAGCUCUGAGAACACCUGAUGAGUCAUGUAGACAGAACCAUGCCCUGAUUUUUUUUUUAAGUCAAAACAAGAUAUGACUGAGAACAUAGUGCAAGAAGUGACUGGAAGGAGGAGUGCUAAAGAAUCAACCACUUAGUUUUAACCUGUAGUAAUUUUUAAACUGCUGUGUUCUGAGCUAGGUGAUGCUGAGCACAUAAAGCAUACUGCCUGUACAAACCUCCUGCUUGAUCAUUGUAGGUGAAGCAGAACACAGAAGCUGCGGUUUAGUGACCUCUUUUGAUUCAGUUACAUGAUUUUAAUAAUUAAAAUCCUAAAGCUGGAGCUGUUUGAAACAGUCUUGGGACUUAAUUGUCUUAACCAUAGGGUUUUUGUAGCAUAUAUUA